AAGCAGUAAUGACUGCUAUACAAAAAAGCCUGAGGUCGAGGUUUAUAAGAAUAGUCAUAAUUUGGCGUAGUUGUAGAUGUCUUGGUAGAGACACUUUUCAAGCAAAAAAAAUGAAUUUGAAGACAUCAUCAAUCAAAAAUAGGUUAUUUUUCCCAGUCUUACGAUAUUAUCUAAUUUAUCACGUGUUACUAUAACGUCAUAGCCUUGCUUAUGGGUAAACUUGUGAACUGAAUGCUAAAAAGUUGUUUUCACGCUAGAAUAAUUUAAAGUCGGCAUGUCGGCAAAAAGUUUAUUUUGAGGAAAGAAUAUGAAUAACUGUUUUACCGGAAAUAUUGAGACCUGGUACAUCUGAAAAAUAAGGCAUUUAAAGAUAACUGAGGCAAUAAUGCAAUCUAAUAACGCAAAAAAAACAACUAGCAACAGAUUUAUCAACUUGGCAAGUUAAUAAAUUUGGUAUAAAUAAAGUUUCUCCAAGAGCUAUCCAUUGCGUCGUGCAGUUUUUGGAUUUCAGACAAAUUCAUGAGAGGGGGGGGGACAUUUGGUUUACAGGAACAAAAAAAUAGCCUCACUUACCUGUUAAUUCAAAAUUGAUAGUUUGAACGUAAUAUUUUGCGUUAGGUGAUAAAACUUUCUUACAUACUUGUUUCAUGAGAUCAACUAAGAAAAUUAAGUUUUAAUUGGCCAAAACAUUCUUUCAAUCACAAUCUAAAUAUAUUUCAUUUCAAAUUUCAGCAUCUUGGGAGCGUCGCAAUUAAGAAAAUAUAAUUUUUUCCCCUGACAAAUUAUUUUUUGAUUUAAUAUAUCCAACAGCAAUAAAUUAACAUAUUGGGGACUAGGUUGCCAGCACACAAACUUCCCAAUCUUGUUGUCCUGAUAUCAUAAAUUUUUAUGAUAUUUAAGAUUAGGAUGGAUAUUGAUAAACUCGAAAAUUUAUUUUUUUACAGCCUUUAUCGUCGUCAUCGUCGUCAUCAUCGUCGUCAUCGUCAUCAUCAUCGUCGUCAUCAUCAUCGUCGUCAUCAUCAUCAUCGUCGUCAUCGUCGUCAUCAUCAUCAUCAUCGUCGUCAUCAUCUUAUCAUCUUAUCAUCGUCGUCAUCGUCAUCGUCAUCGUCAUCGUCAUCGUCAUCGUCAUCGUCAUCGUCAUCGUCAUCGUCAUCGUCAUCGUCAUCGUCAUCGUCAUCAUCAUCAUCAUCAUCAUCAUCAUCAUCAUCAUCAUCAUCAUCAUCAUCAUCAUCAUCAUCAUCAUCAUCAUCAUCAUCAUCAUUAUUAAUAAUUUUUAUUAUAAUUAAACUUGGAUCUCAAAGAACACGUGAAUAUGUACCAGCUGAAGCCAUAUAUUAUUUCUCAAUAUACAAGAGGCAUCAAAACAUUUAGAAGAAACAAAGUUACCACUGGGCAUGCGCAAGAUGGCGACAUUAUACUUUGCUUCGAAAGAAUCGUGGAUGAUAUUGAUGUAAUCUUCAACUUUUUCCUUCAAGUCAGUUUGCCAG